AUGACGAGAGAUGAGCAGACCUCACGGUUCAGCUCUGUGACGAGCGCGAGUACCGAAAGCAACGCCUCCGACAUCACCGUCAAGCCGCUCCCAGCUCUGCCUAGGGCCAAAGACAAGGACAAGGACAGGCUAAAGGACAAAGACAAUGGCGGCGAUGACGGUUCCAUCCGCCAGCGCUCCUCGUCUAGGGGCUCGCGCAGGGCUGCUGCGCCGAGCCGGAUCAAGACCGACGACCAUGGGCGUCCCCAUCGCCUGAGCGACUUCGCCAACUACCGUCGCGAUCUGGCCGUCCUGGAGCCUGCUGGCAGUCGCGCUCCGCAGAUCGUGCACCAACCACCCUCGACUGCUGCCUCUUUUAUGCAACAGGUUGCGCCUUGGAUGGUCGGUGCAAUGGCUACAACUUUCUACAACGAUUCCAGCGACAACCUCUCUUCCGCCUCGCCCUCGCAGAUGUCGCCGGGGUUCAGAUCCGCCUCGGUCAGUGCGCUGGGACGCCCCACACCAAAUCCUCCCGGCAGUGACUCUCCCGACGCUGCAUAUUACAACGAUGAAAGGAGGCCCUCCAUAGCCAGCGUCACGACCACCGCAAGCAGCCAGGCCUCCAAGUCCAGCGGCCAGAGGGGAGGCAUCAGGAAACUUCAGGGUUUCUUUGGUGAAGAAUAUCCUGGUCGAGACUCGUCGGAAACCUCCCUACCACCUUCCUUUGGCGGGAAGGAGUCCCGAUCUCAUUCGUACAGCCACACUCCCCGUCCCCAUCGUGACCGCAACUACUCCAACGCCACAGACCAUACCCGAGAUGCUUCACCGUCUUCCUCCAGGCCCAGAACACCAGUACCAGCCCCAGAGGUCGUGCCCUUUCUCUACCAAGAAGCCCAGGAUAUCGCGAUUUACGGUGAGGCCCCUGUCCGAGGUGUGCUCGCCGGCCCGGACAGAGAGCGUUACGCGAGCGAAAACGGGUCGCAGAAUCCUCCAAAGACUUCAUCUUCCAACCGAUCUGGUCAAUCGAUCACCCAUGGACAAGGCCACUCCCAUCGACACAACAAGAGCAAUGACGAUUCCCGGAUCCUGCGGCCAUCGAUAAGUCGAGAAGAUUCUCAAGCUAGCAUGCUGCACACGUCCAAGACGGCCCAGAAUAACGUGUUUGGCUCGCGAUCUCGUGCACAAAGUCCCACGCCCAGUGGGCACAGCAGUCUCGGAAUGAAGAAUGGAGGGCUCGACGGCCCUGCCUCGCCCAGCUACAACCACCAUCACAAGAAGGGGAUCUUCAACCGGUUCCGGGGGAGGAAAGAAAAGGAGGAGAUUGGACCCCCGCUCAACAAGAAGCUCUCGACCUCGACACAGUCCCUCGCAUCCACCUUGGUGGCCAGGCCAUCGCGCCAGGAGUUUACAAAAGAUGACGGGCCAGUGGUGUACGGGCAGACGUUGGGUUCCGCUGGUAGAGACCCGACGGCCGAGCCCCCGCGACGGCCCGAAACCGCGCGACAGGCAACGUUCAACAACAAGUUCCCCUUCUCUAAGAAGGGCCGCUCCCACAAGGGCUAUGACGAUCCAGACGAGCUGAUCGGACCGACGGAGCGCUCCAACGACAAGGGCACAUACUUCAAACUCGACACCGACCUCGAUGACAUGUCGGGCAUCGUGACCAGACAUGCGCCCCUUACACCGAUCAUUCCGGGCACCUCGACUGCUCCCGAAACCGAGAAACCCCCAGUGCCACCGAGAAACAACGGCGUCAACGGUGUCUGGAACGCCCCGGACAGCUGGGCGGUUCGGAAGACAGACCUGGAGGCCACCACCCAGGCCCUGGAGCUCGAGGAGAUCGGCAGUCCACCACGGCCGGACGAGAAGCUUGCACCCUAUUGCAUCCGCGUUUUCCGGUCCGACGGCACGUUUGCGACGCUGCAGAUGGCUCUUGAUUCAUCUGUCCAAGAUCUCAUUGGCCAGAUCAUCAAGAAGUCCUAUGUUACAGAGAGCCUAGAUAAUUACCACAUCGUCCUGAAGAAGCACGACCUGGUCCGUCUACUCAACCACGCCGAACGCCCUCUCUACAUACAGAAGCGCCUGCUCCAGCAGGUCGGGUAUGAGGAACGGGACAGGAUCGAAGACCUCGGCCGCGAGGACAACAGCUACAUCUGUCGAUUCCUUUUCCUGUCGGCCAAGGAAAGCGACUUUCAUGCCAGUACUCAUGAUCUGGGCUUCGGCCGGAUGCAAAAGUUCAACCACAUCGACUUGUCAGGCCGAAAUCUUGUCACCAUUCCUAUCUCUCUAUACUCCAAGGCUAGUGAAAUCAUAUCGCUGAACCUGUCACGAAAUCUGUCUCUAGAUCUGCCUCGAGAUUUCAUCCACUCCUGUGUCAACCUGCGUGACAUCAAGUACAACAACAACGAGGCCCGCAAGCUACCUCUGAGCUUCAGCCGCGCCAACAAGCUCACCUACCUUGAUGUCUCCAAUAACCGGCUGGAGCAGCUGGAGCAUGCUGAGCUCGGAAGCCUCACCGGCCUGCUGAAGCUCAACCUAGCCAACAACAGGCUCAAGCAUCUACCACCCUACUUCGGAGCAUAUCGAUCACUGCGCACCUUGAACCUCUCUUCGAACUUCCUCGAAAAUUUCCCCAGCUUCCUGUGCGAGCUGGAGAGCUUGGUAGAUCUUGAUGUGUCCUUCAACCUCAUCAUGAGCUUCCCAGACAACAUUGGCAACCUGAAGUCAUUGGAAAGGCUGGUUGUCACCAACAACAGGCUAUCGGGGGCCCUGCCAGACUCGUUCAAGAAUCUGCAGAGCUUGCGUGAGCUUGAUGUCAAGUACAAUGCGAUUUCGGCCAUGGAUGUGAUAUCUGAGCUCCCCAAGCUGGAGAUCAUGACAGCGGACCACAACGCCAUCUCACAAUUUCUUGGUAGCUUCGAGAGGUUACGGUCUCUUAAGCUCAACGCAAACCCCAUCACCAAGUUUGGAAUCACCGCUCCCGUUCCGACACUGAAACACCUCAACCUUUCCCAUGCACAGUUGGCAAGCAUUGACGACACUUUUCACAAUAUCUUGAACCUCGAGCGACUGGUCCUGGACAAGAACUACUUUGCUUCCUUACCAGCACAGAUCGGCAGCUUACGACGUCUGGAGCAUUUCAGCAUUGCAAACAACUCGCUUGGUGAGCUGCCUGCUGAGAUAGGCUGCCUCACAGAGCUCAGAGUCCUCGAUGUCCGAAGCAACAAUCUCAGGAAACUGCCCAUGGACAUCUGGUGGGCACACAAGCUGGAAACACUGAACGCAUCCACCAACAUCCUGGACUCCUUUCCCAAGCCGGCUUCCCGUCCGCCUCAACCGCCUCCGGAUCUCACGGCGUCACAAUCGUCUACAGGGCUCAAGCCAAGCUCCAAUGGUGGCCUGAGUCCGUCUCCAAGUACCGAUGACCUGAUGCCGGAUGGAUCGAGAAGGCCGAGUCAAGCCUCGAGCACGUUGCUGAGUGUCGGCCCAUCCCCGGUCCCGGCAGGUCCAGAUCGCAAGAGCUCGGUCGUUUCGGUCUACGGCAAGGGAGGGCGCAAAACAUCCGUCAUGUCGAGGACCACCACAAGCCAGAGCAGCAGCUCGUUGCCACCUCCGAUGCCUGGACCGAGGAAAGAUUCCGGCCUGUCGUCUCGAUUGACCAACACAUUUGCCGGAUCGCUGAGGAAUCUAUAUCUUGCUGACAAUCAGCUCGACGACGAGGUUUUUGACCACAUCACCCUGCUCGGAGAGCUGCGCGUCCUCAACUUAUCGUACAAUGAGCUGAGCGACAUGCCUCAGAGGUCGAUCAAGAGCUGGCCGCAGCUCGUCGAGCUGUAUCUAUCCGGUAACGAGCUGACCAGCCUGCCGGCGGAUGAUCUUGAGGAGUACAACUCCCUCCAGGUGAUCCACAUCAACAGCAACAAAUUUACCAAUCUUCCUGCCGACAUCUCCAAGGCCAAGAAGCUGGCCGUGCUGGACUGCGGAAGCAACUAUCUCAAAUACAACAUCUCCAACGUGCCAUACGACUGGAACUGGAACCUCAACCCCAACCUGAGAUUUCUCAAUCUCUCAGGCAACAGGCGUCUGGAAAUCAAGCAGACACAGAAUGGCCCCGCCAACGCCAACCGCGAAAACUACACUGACUUCAGCAGUCUGUUGAAUCUCCGAGUGCUUGGAUUGAUGGACGUCACGUUGAUUGUACCAAGCAUCCCAGACCAGAGUGAGGAUCGUCGAGUCCGGACCUCAGGCUCUUUGGCCGGAUUCUUGCCGUACGGCAUGGCAGACACACUGGGUAGAAAUGAGCAUCUCUCGACCAUCGAUCUGGUAGUCCCUCGAUUCAACGCGUCCGACACGGAGACCUUGUUGGGUCUGUUCGAUGGCCAGGCCCUCUCGAGUGGCGGCUCUAAGAUCGCCAAAUACCUGCACGAGAAUUUUGGCCAUAUUUUCAGCAUGGAGCUGGAAGCAAUAAAGUCAAAGCCGAACGACACGCCUGUCGACGCCAUGCGCCGUGCCUUCCUCGCUCUCAACAAAGACCUCGUGACGAUCGCAAUUCAGCAUGCCGAGGAGCGUCCUAUUGUGUCCCAUCGAGGGUCUUCUGCCUCGGUCGUACUCAGCAAGGAAGAUCUCAACUCGGGCGCUGUAGCUACCGUGGCCUAUCUGCAUGGGCAGGAGCUGUACAUCGCGAACGUGGGCGAUGUGCAGGCGCUGCUCAUCGAGUCCGACAGCACGCAAAAGAUCCUGACGCACAAGCACGACCCGGCUGAGCCCAACGAGCGAUCCCGUAUCCGAGAUGCCGGUGGAUGGGUAUCGCGCAACGGAAGGCUGAACGACCUGCUCGAGGUCUCUCGUGCCUUUGGGUAUGCAGAUCUCAUGCCUGCCGUCCAAGCUGCGCCCCAUGUGGCUCACAUCACGAUCAAAGAACAACAUGAAGUCAUCGUAAUGGCCACAAGAGAACUGUGGGAAUACCUCACGCCGACUCUUGUCACUGAUGUGGUCAAGAACGAGCGCCCCGAUCUCAUGCGAGCCUCCCAGAAAGUUCGAGAUCUUGCCAUGGCUUACGGCGCGUCCGGGAAAAUCAUGGUGAUGAUGAUCAGCGUCGCCGAUAUGAAGAAGAGAAGCGAGAGGUCAAGAAUGCACCGUGGACAGAGCAUGUCUCUGGUCCCCUCUGGCCUGGACAGUGAUCUGCUGCCCCGCGAGAUGCGCAAGAACAAACGAGCGGCAAAGAACGACGCCCUGGAUUCCAACCUGCGCAAGGUAGGCACCGAGGUGCCGGCGCCCACGGGCAUGAUCGCCAUCGUCUUUACUGAUAUCAAGAACUCGACGAACCUGUGGGAAACAUAUCCGGCCGCGAUGAGAUCCGCGAUCAAAGCACACAACGACAUCAUGAGACGACAACUGCGCCGUAUAGGUGGGUACGAAGUGAAGACGGAAGGCGACGCCUUCAUGGUGUCUUUCCCCACCGCGACAUCCGCCCUGCUGUGGUGCUUCGCAGUCCAGACGGCACUGCUCUAUGGUGACUGGCCCCAGGAGAUGCUCAACUCGGUCAACUGCCAGCCGCUCUACGACAAGGACAAUAAUCUCAUCUUCAGGGGCCUUUCCGUUCGCAUGGGCACGCAUUGGGGCGAACCUCUCUGCGAGGUUGACCCCAUCACCCACCGCAUGGAUUACUACGGACCGAUUGUUAACAAGGCCUCACGUGUGUCGGCCUGUGCUGACGGUGGUCAGAUCACUGUCUCGUCUGAUUUCAUCUCGGAGAUCCAGCGGUGCCUGGAGACAUACCAAGAUUCUUCUUCCAAUCUCGACGACGGCCUGGAGGAGGAACCCUUUGCCCAGGCCGUGCGCAAGGAGCUGCGGAACCUGAGCUCGCAGGGAUUCGAGGUCAAGGAGAUGGGCGAGAAGAAGCUCAAGGGACUCGAGAACCCUGAGGUGAUCUAUUCACUGUACCCGCACUCCCUGGCCGGUCGCAUCGAGCAGCAUCUCUUCCACGAGAGGCAGGUCUCGGGCGAGGCGGGCAAGCCAGCCGCGCUCGCCCACGCCGGAGAGCUUGCCUUCGAUCCAGAGGUGAUCUGGGCCCUGUGGCGGGUCAGUCUCCGGCUCGAGAUGCUCUGCAGCACCCUAGAGGAGAAUUCGGGUCGUGGCCUCCAGCCACCUGAGACGGAGCUGCUGGAACGGAUGAAACAAAAGGGCGGCGAAGUCACGGAGCGGUUCCUUGUUAACUUCAUGGAACAUCAAGUGAGCCGUAUAGAGACCUGUGUCUCUACCCUGACGAUGCGUCAUCUUGCCGCGGGCAACGGCCCGAUCGCCAAGCUUGAGGACCUCAGAGCACCGAUGACUGAUGUGCUCUCGGGCCUGGCUGAACAACUGCUCGAGCUACAACGCUACAAGGCGAGAUUCGGCGAGCUCGAGGACCAUCACAUUGUCGAAGAAGACCUAACCGACAGUGAGACCGAGUAGAAGAGAUACUCCUGUGUUCUAGAUCCCGAAAGCUUCAUCUCGUGUCUUGUCUGUUUUUGGAGGAGGCUCGCCAUGCCCUCUCUUCUCUGACGCACGCUGUAAUGCAACCAAACCCCCUUUGCGUUUCCAAGGUCGUGCUGAUGGGUUAUCUCAGCAUCGCUUGUGUGAAUUUACUGGCUUUCUCUUACUUUCCUGGCAUCGGGUGGGCUGCAAGCGUCUAUUUACCUCGUCGUUCAUCUGUGUUCCCUAGCAACCAAGCAUAUAUUUCCUGUACGAUUGACGAUACUUUAACAAGCACCGCACCUCUACGGAUGCCCCAGUUCACACACAUGCUUGGCCGGCAAUACUAGCCUUUUCUUUUCUGCCUUUUCCCCGUCGAAUUAUCUGGACAUGGUCUCACACACACACACACACACACACACAACACACACACAAAGAGGCAAAGCUAGUUUUGCCUUUGGAUACUUGGGCACAAGGGACAUAUACCACCGGGCUGGCUUGUGUUAGAAAGACAACCAGGGGCGUCGAGAUUCCUACCAACCUCAUUUGUUACGGCCGAACCCCGCCUUUUACUUACACCUCUGGACAGUCAAAUUCUGUUGAGCGUCAAGGGAUUCCUUUCCAUCUUGUUUUUUGUUUCAAGUGAAAGGCAGUUUGCUUGUAUUUUUUUAUUUUAUUUUUUGGAAAGGGGGGGGGGGGUGAGGGCACGGAGGACAGGAAAUCCCAGCCUUUUCUUUGGUAGGAAGCGGGGUGUUCGUUCGGUCGCUCAAACCUGUUAUAUAAGGGACACUGGAGAGGCAUUUUUGGCUUUAAGAGAAGACCGGGUAACAAAGAAGCAUUACUAUUCAGUACUAGCACUACUAUUAUUAUUAUCACAGCAAUCAUCCCAAUGAAAGCAUUGCAUACCCA